GUCGUAUUUCAUUGGGAAUGUGGACGCUCAGACUGAAGGAAGGAAGGUUUUUGUGGAAACUUGAGGACAUGCGGCGUCUCCCUUUACUCAAACUUUACUCAAACCAAACUCCCUGCGAGCCGAAGACAGAGCCGAGGAGCGAAGAAUGAACUGAAGAGCUGUGCAGAGGAAGAGGAGGGGGAGAAGAAGGAGCCGUUCACUCUCAUUGAUCCUGUAUCGAAGUAACGAUGCAGGCUGCGGCUGCGGCUCUGACCCUGCUGAGUGUUUUCUUCAGCCUGUCUGCUCACGGGUCCAAACCGAAGCAGAUGCAGCACCAGAAUCACAGGAACGCUCGGAGCGACGAGGCAGGAGUGAGGAGGAAGAACCAGCCGCACAUCGUGUUCAUCCUCACAGACGACCAGGGUUUCAACGACAUCGGCUACCAUAACCCGACCAUCAAGACUCCUACUCUGGACAAACUGGCGGCGGAGGGCGUGAAGCUGGAGAACUACUACGUUCAGCCCAUCUGCACACCGUCACGCAGCCAGCUCAUGACCGGCAGAUAUCAGAUCCACACAGGAUUACAACACUCCAUCAUCAGACCCAGACAGCCGAGCUGUCUGCCUUCACACAUGGACACUCUGCCCGAGAGGCUCCGCGAGGCCGGCUACACCACACACAUGGUCGGCAAGUGGCACCUGGGCUUCUACAGGAAGGCAUGUCUGCCCACCAGAAAGGGUUUUGACAGUUUCUUUGGUUCUUUAACAGGAAGCGUGGAUUACUACAGUUAUGGGUCUUGUGAUGGCCCGGGGUUGUGUGGGUACGAUCUCCAUAACGACGAGGGUGUGGCGUGGGGCCAGGAAGGGAAAUACUCCACCACGCUGUUCACACAAAGAGCUCGCAAGAUCCUGGAGAGUCACGACCCCACAGACAGGCCGCUCUUCCUGCUGCUCUCCCUCCAGGCAGUCCACACUCCUCUACAGACUCCCAAGUCCUACAUCUACCCCUACCGUGACAUGGUUAACGUCGCCAGGAGAAAGUUCGCCGCCAUGGUGUCCACAGUGGACGAGGCGGUCCGAAACGUCACCUACGCUCUGAGAAAAUACGGAUACUACCGGAACAGCGUCAUCAUCUACUCCACCGACAACGGCGCCCAGCCAUUCACGGGAGGGAGCAACUGGCCGCUACGAGGCCGUAAGGGAACGUACUGGGAAGGCGGAGUCCGUGGAGUGGCGUUUGUUCACAGUCCCCUAUUGAGACGCAGGAGACGGGUCUCCAAAGCUCUACUGCACAUCACUGACUGGUUCCCCACACUGGUGGGCCUGGCCGGGGGGAACAUCAGCCAAAGUCAAGGCCUGGAUGGUUUUGAUGUUUGGCCCACCAUCAGUGAAGGGAAGGAGUCACCUCGUCUGGAGAUCCUUCACAACAUUGACCCUCUGCACAAACCUGCUGAGAGAAAGACCUGGAAGUCCGACACAAAGGGAGCCUCAGGUGAAAAUAAAAUGAAGAAGCUGAAAGGUCCAGGCCCGGCCUUUAAGAAGCCAAAGAGGAAGAAGAAGGUCCUGAGGCAUCAACCAAAGCAGAAGUCAGCGUUCAAGUUGAAGACCACCAGGAAACCUCAGAGGUUUUCCUACCACGCUGCUAAACCUAAACCCAAGUCCAAGCCCCUCUCAAAAUCAAAACUCAAACCCAAGACCAAAGUCUACGCUCAGAACCGGAGACUGUCACAUCACAAUCAACACCUGAAGUCUCACCCCAGUGGUACUCCAUCUAUCUCAGGGAUAUCCCUCCCUGAAUCUCAGCCUCAGCUCCAAACACAUUUUAAGUCAAAAUCCAGGCGGACCGUAUCCCAGAACCAGAACCUUCCGUCGCGGUCAAGACCACCUCAGCCAAAAUCCAAGACACAGUUUAAAUUACAUUUAAGGUCAAAGUCCAAGCGGACAUUAACCCAAUACCAGAACAUGUCCCAGCCAGGGACGCUGCAGCCCAAAUCCCAUCCAAUGCCCCAGUUCGGGCUCCAGUCGGCCCAGCCUGUGUGGGACACCUCGGUCCAGGCUGCCAUCAGAGUUGGGGACUGGAAGCUGCUAACAGGAGACCCAGGACAUGGAGACUGGGUCCCCCCACAGGUACUUCCCACUUUCCCCGCUCCCUGGUGGAGCCUCGAGCGUUCAGCCCCACCCUUCCUCAAACCCUCCACCCACAAAAAGGUCUGGUUGUUCAACAUCACAGCCGACCCGUGCGAGCGGCGGGACCUGACGGACCAGAGGCCGGACGUGGUCCAACAGCUGCUGGCCCGACUCGCCUACUAUAACCAAACGGCCGUGCCGGUUUAUUUUCCGCCCGACGACCCUCGAGCCAAUCCCAGCCGGAACGGCGGAGCCUGGGUGCCCUGGGUGGACGAAGAGGAGGACGAGGAGGGAAAAUAUCACGGAGUGUACAAGAAAGGUAGGAACAGCAAGAAGAAAAAGAAGAAGAAGAAGUUGCGGGUGUGCAAGCUGCAGUCGUUCUUUCUGAAACUGAACACCGGGAUGAUGUCCAACCGGAUCUGAGGGGAGUGCGUCUGAGACUUCAGUGUUUUUAGAUGUUUUUUAUAUUGUUACAUCUUCGCUUCCUGAAACCAACGAACAAAGUGGGAACAGAGUUAAUUCCACUACAUUCAGUUGAACAAAACCACCUUCAAAAACUUUCUAGAACGUGUCUUUUCACUGGCUUCACUUUUCAACUCGUUCCUCUGAAAAUCAACAGUUUAUUUUUUAUUCUCAAACACAUUUCUUUGUCGUUUACUGUCUGAUUUCUAAUAAUGUUAAAUAUGAACGUACUGUCAAAACAUCUCGUCUGAGAUUAAGAAUCAGGUCACUUCAGGCUUUUUGGGUUGACUUUUUAAAAGGUCAGUUCACUCGGAUAGAGUAGGUCAACCACCAGUCAGAGGGGUUGGUGGUUUGAUCCCCGGCUCUUCCUGCUGCAUGUCAAAGUGCUCUAGAGCAAGAUACUGAACCCCAAAUAGUUCCCGAUGACCUCCAUCUGUGUGCGAAUGGGAUCAGUUUCUGUUUCCAAUGAGCAGUUGGCACCUUCAUAUAAGUGGCUCUCCUAUAAGAUGACGUUACCCGCAGUGAACCAGUUUAAAUUACAGUAAGCAGGAACAUGUUUGUGAGAUUUGGGUGAACUGACCCUUUAAAUUAUUACAGAUAUUUUUAUUAUAAACUGGCAAUAAGGUUGUUUUCCAGUCUCUGUUCUUUCUUUCUUAUGAUGUUAUCGUGUGACUUGUUUCUUGUUAUUAUUGUUUUUUACAAACUGACAGAGUUCUUGAUACAAGGGCCGACACCGCGGGGCAGUAAAAUGUUCUUGGACAUUGUAAAUGAUUCGAUAAUGUGUCUUUAACUUUUGAGCAGAAUGAACCAGAGAGCCAUUUGAUUUUAAAGAGUCUGCGUUAAGUGAAACACGCAGGUUUCAUGUACUGUAUGUUCUCACCAACAACUCAUAAUUUAAAAAAACGUCCCAGAUCGAAGGUUUACCUUUUUUACAGCGAGAGUGCACGAUCAUUAUAAUUAUUCCUAUAAAUCUAUAAGUGUUAGUGUUUGUUUGUUUGUUAUACGCAACAGAAUCAGACAUGGAGGUUUUAAUAUUUAUCAGAAAUACUGUUGGUUUUCUUUAUGUAUUUACUACGGCUGAAUCAGGCCUUUGGAUACUGUGGCUGUUUGAAUGUAUUUCUAAUGGCAAACAUGACUAUGAAUUUACAGUAUUUAAUGUUUUUAAUUUACUACAUUGCUACUGUGAACAGCAGAAACUGUUAUUUGUUAUUACUUAUUACAUGUUAUCUCUCACUUAUUCGGCCCUGUAGGAUUAACACGAGACUAAUAUUUUCACAUUUUUUAAGUUUUACUUGAACUACUUCGGUUGUUCCUCCUGACACCUGAGUGAUGAUCCCUUGAGUCCAAUGAAAACACACACACACACACACUUGAAGAUAAAGUGGCCGCCUGCUAUCACAGACACCCAACAGACCAUCGGGCUCAUGCAUUCAGGAAACAGUGAGGAGGAAGUAGAAAGUGUUUUUUUUACCAGCAUUAGCAGCCCCUUUGACGUAAGUUGUUGGUUUUCUCCCGUUUGAGCAAGACACCUAACCUCUAAAUAUUUCAGUGUAUUUGCUCAAUAUCUAAACAAACCACGACUGUGGCCGCUGUAACAGCAGCAGAGUGUUCCUGAGAAACAGUUUAUAGGGACGCUUGAUUUCCCCCACCCUGAGUAAAUAAAGGUAAAAGAGAAUUAA